AUGUGGUCGAGCCAACUCUGUCUCUCGGCCUUGGGGCUUGCAUCCACUGCACUUGCCGGGCCUCAGUUUCACCACCGGCGAGAUGGCAGCUCUAAUGGAGAGAGAGUUGAAGCCGUCAAGGAGGCUUACAGGACAGCGUGGAAGGGCUAUUAUGAUUAUGCCUUCCCUAAUGAUACACUCCACCCUGUGUCGAACGGAUAUGAGAACGACCGGAAUGCUUGGGGUGUGACAGCGUUCGAUUCCCUCAGUGCAUCAAUCAUUCUUGGUGAUAGGGAGAGUGUGAACCAAAUCUUGGAAUUCGUUCCCACAAUCGAUUUCACCACCACUGCUAAGUCUGGCGAAUCCAUCUCUCUGUUUGAGACCAAUAUUCGAUACUUCGGUGGUCUCCUGUCAGCGCACGAUCUACUCACACAAGCGCCAUGGAGCGAUCUGGUCGACGACAAGUCACUUGUUGAUAACCUCUUGAAGCAGGCAGUUAGCCUUGCGGACAGCGUGAAGUUCGCUUUCGACACCCCCAGUGGUGUUCCAGAACCCACCAUCUACCUCAACCCUGAGCCGAAGCGUGCAGGUUCCUCAAGGAAUAACAUUGCUGAGGUUGGAACACUCGUCUUGGAGUGGACCAGGCUCUCUGAUCUGACCGGGAACCCCGAGUAUGCGCAGCUUGCUCAGAAGGCUGAGUCGUACAUUCUGAAGCCCACUCCGGAGAGUGGCGAGCCGUUCCCUGGAUUGACCGGAACCUAUCUCAACCUGACAGACGGCACCUUCAUUGACAGCUCUGGCGGCUGGUCCGGGUUGACGGACAGCUACUACGAGUACUUGAUCAAGAUGUACCUCUACGACCCGGAGGAGUUUUCCUUCUACAAGGACAGAUGGAUUGCCGCUGCUGAUUCUACAAUUGAGUAUCUGGCUUCACACCCAACGUCCCGGGAGGACAUCACCUUCCUGUCUCAGUACCAAGGAACCCAGACCAUUCCCAGCUCUUCUCAUUUGGCGAGCUUCGCAGGAGGAAACUUCAUCCUCGGCGGCAUCCUCCUGAACGAGCAGAAGUACAUCGACUUUGGCGUCACCCUCGCCGAGUCCUACUUCGAGACCUACCGCGGGACCGCCGCCAAGAUCGGCCCCGAGGGCUUCAGGUGGACAGACAGCAAGCUCCCCGUCGACGGCACCUUCAACACCAACCCGCCCGCGGGCCAGGAGGACGCCUACGCCGAGGCCGGGUUCUGGGCCACCUCCAAGUACUACAUCCUCCGGCCCGAGACGACGGAGAGUUUGUACUACGCGUACCGCGUGACGGGCGACACCAAGUACCAGGACCUCGCCUGGGAGGGGUUCCAGGCCAUCACGGCGGCGACCCGCACGGGGAGCGGGUACGCCGGCCUCAACGACGUGACGGUCGUGAACGGCGGGUUCAUCGACAAGAUGGAGAGCUUCUUCCUCACGGAGACGUUGAAGUACUUCUACCUCAUCUUCUCUGAGGAGUCGGAGGUCCAGGUGCACAAGGACCAGCCCAACAAGUGGGUGUUUAACACGGAGGCGCACCCUGUCAAGAUUCGGGGUUAUUAA